AAUCGCUCCCCUCCCCUCCAUUCCAUUCCUUUGCCUGUCUUUUGACUUUCAGCAUUGCUUUCGGGAAACUGACCAGCACAGUCCAGUCCACCAUGUCUGCAUCUACCCCUGAAUUACCCCGCGUGCGGGCAUGUCUCUUCGACAUGGACGGCCUCCUCAUCGACUCGGAGGACAUCUACACCUCGAUCACCAACACCGUGCUGCAGGAGUACGGCAAGCCGUUACUGCCGUGGUCGAUCAAGGCCCAACUCCAGGGCCGCCCUGCACCUGAAGCCGGUCGCAUCUUCCACGACUGGGCGCAACUCCCCAUCACGCAAGACGAAUACAUCGCCAAGAUCACGGCGCUGCAACUGGAACGCUUCCCGACCACCCAACCGCUUCCGGGCGUGGAACGCCUCCUGCAGACCCUGGUCGCCACGCAGUCCACGGCCUCCCCGAUCCACAUCGCGCUGGCCACCUCCUCGCACGCCAAGAACUUCCACCUCAAGGCCUCGCAUCUCGGCAAUUUGUUCGCCGCCUUCCCGCCGCACCAGCGCGUCCUGGGCGAUGAUCCCCGCAUCGGCCGGGGGCGCGGGAAGCCGCUGCCCGAUAUCUAUCUGCUGGCGCUGGAGACGAUUAAUUCGGGCCUGAGAGAGAAGGGGGAGAGGGAGAUCACGCCGGCCGAGUGUCUGGUCUUUGAGGAUGCGGUGCCCGGUGUUGAGGCCGGGCGGCGCGCGGGCAUGCAGGUGGUUUGGGUGCCGCAUCCGGGGCUGUUGGAGGCGUAUCGUGGGCGCGAGGAGGAGGUGCUCGCGGGGUUGACCGGGGAGCAUAAGGAGGAGGAGAAGGGGGCGGCGGAGAAGGAGGCGGAGGAGUUGGUCGCGGCCCGCGAGGGCCAGCGCAAGGAUAAUGGGAAUGGCUCGCCGGGGAAGUUGGGCGAUGGGUGGGGGGUGUUGUUGUCGUCGUUGGAGGAUUUCCCCUACGAGCGGUUUGGAAUCGUGCCUGCGCCUGCUGCUCAGUAGAUUUGGGGAGUGUUUGUCUAGUGGGGGUGAUUCUGGUAGAGAGUGAAGGGGCCAGGCGGAGAGAUCUACGCCGCUGCGAGGGGAGUGUAAUUGAUCGGGUUUGCAUUAAAGAAUAACUGCAUCAAGAACGAAAGAAUAGCAACUUGAAAACC